AUGAAUAAUAUAAAAACAGAAAGAAUACAAAGCUCUAAGUAGCAUUUAAAAGUUAAUCAAAAGCAAGAUUUUCUUGGCUAAGGUGGUUUAUAAUCUCUAACUCAUAAUUAAUUCUUUAGUCCUUAGGCUUCAGCUUAAUCUAUUUAGAGAAGAAAGAGUGGAUUUGAAGGUUAGAAUGGUAGCUAAAUUCUAAACAAUAAAUUAAUAUCUGAAAACAGUAAAAUAGGAAGUUAUGUAAACUCAUACAGGCAGUUUGAUAUGAAUGAUAUCAAAUAAAAUCCAGCCAAUUACGCAUUAAGAAAUUUUUAACCAACAUUGAAACCAAUCCCUAAUUUAAAUUUCUCCCCUUAGAAAAAAGGAUAUUCUAACAAAAACUCUUCAAAAGAUGAAAUUCAUACAAAUGGAUAGGAAUUUUAAGACCAUGGAAUUAUUUAGGCAUAGCAUCACUCAUAAAAGAAUUUGCAUAGCACAAAUAUGCUGAUGAAGUUGACUCAAUCACCGUUAGAUAAUUCAAAAGCUCAAAGUUAGAAAAUGUUAACUGAAUCCAAUUAAAAUACUAAUCGCUUAAAUUAGAGCAACUUUGGUUCUUCAGAAACUGAGCCACCAAAACACACAAGAAUACAUACUACAAACAUAGUGAGCGCUUCAUAAAAGAAUUACUUUUACUCACCUGUAAAAUAUGAGAGGAAGAUAAACUCGUCAAAAGGUGAGAAGACAGCUAAUAAUAUAGGUUUAGGUGCAAGAAGUGUGUCUAAUUUAUAACAUUACAAAAGAAAGUUAUAUCCCAAUAAUAUAAAUUCACUGAACAACAUAAACGAUUUUGAAGAUACUUAGAUUUUUUAGGAUUUUUAAAAGCCUUAAGCACCUACUUAAGGUAAUGAGAUAGUUAGUCAAAAUAUUUAGAAUACGGAAUCUAGUUAGCAAUAAAUUAAUACUCUAUAAAGCAUCCCAGCAGUAAAAAAGGAUACUUCAGCAAAAUAGUUUACAGUUAAAACAAAGAGCGCAUCCCAAUUAUAAACUCUUUCAGGUUUUUAAAAGCUUUUGAAAGUAAAGAAAGCACUUGCUUUAGGCUCAAAAGUAACUAAAUUUUUGGAAAUCGUAAAACAACAAUCUCUUCAGCGUCAUAGUGAAGCUAGUGAAUAGUAUUCAAAAGAAUGUAUUUAAAUUUUAAAAGGAAUGCUUGAAGAGAAAGAAUAAGAAGCAGAUUAAUUAGAAUAAGUUGAGUUGGAAGAAAAUGAAAAAGAUUAAUUUACAGAUUUAGAUUUAUAAAAGGGAAUUAAAAAAAAAACAGAGAAGUUGACUAAAAAAGUUUUACGAACAAUCUAAGAUGCUAUAAUUGAACCAAUUUCAUAAAAAACAUACAGAGCGUUAUACUAUGAGAAAUGCAAAGAAGUAGAUAGAAUCAAAUUCACAUAUAAAGAUAUGGAGAAGGAAGUUGAAGUUUUAAGAAAAAGUUAAAAAGUAUUUGACGAUAUAGCAGCUAACUAUUUCCGUAAGACAGAGGUUAUUGAGAAAGAAAAGUAAAAGUUAUCAGAAGAGAAGAAAUUAGCCUUGCUAGAAGUAGAAAGACUUGAAAAGAAGCUAGAUGAAUCUAAUAAUUAUUACAAUUUUUGGUAAGGAGAGUAUCAUUAAGUGAAUAAAAAAUACAAUGAAGAAGUAUAUGCCCUAAAUUAGUACUAAGAAAAAAUGAAAAAAGAAAAAACAGAAAAAACAUUCUUAGAGAAUUAACUUUCAUCUCUUCAAAAAUAAAUUGAAACAAGGAAUUCAGAGCUUGAAAAAAUAAAGACAACUUAGGUGCAGCUAAAAUGGAUGAAAGGUUCUAUAUCCACAUAUCAAUAGGACUUGCUAAACAAAAACAUUUAGAUUAAUUUGUGUAAGGAUCUGGUUGUAAGUAAAGCUGAAGCUUUGCAAUUGAUUUCAAAAGAAGAGCUAGAUAAAGAUUAACCUUUAAUAGAUUUAAUCAAAUCUGUAUUCCACUCAAUAGCUGUUAAAUUGAGCUGA